AUGAAAAAGGAACUCGCAACCACUUUCGUCCUCGCCACUGCCGUGGCUGUCACUUCCGUAGAGGCCGCACCACUCGGAACGGGCGUCUGCUACGCGCCAUGGCACAAUCCUCUCGUCAACUGGGAUGUGCUGCAGAAGGACAUGAGACAGGUUGCUCAGUAUUUCUCGAGCAUCCGCACGUACGAGGCGCGACUGAGUGGUGUGAAUGCUAUCGAUAUGGCGGCUGCGGGCCGGCCUCCGUAUCGCGUGUGCGACGGCUUUGCUCGGAACCCCUGGGCCGUUGAGGCCGUUUACGUUGGCAACGAGAACCUCCGCAACAACGGCUUUGGCCAGUACUCGGCUGAUGAGCUCGUGGGGUUUAUCAACCGGGUCAGGGGAUGCGUGCACUGGGAUACGCCCAUUGGAUCAGUGCAGCGCAUCAACGAGUGGCUGAGCGCCGAAGAUGCGUGGAAACUCGCGAACGCAGUGGACUACAUUGGGGUCACCAUCUACCCGUUCUUCACGCCCGGUCCGCAGGCUUCAAUACUAAAGCUGCAGGCCCAAUGGGACCAGAUGACGUCCAAGUUCGGUCCAGCCAAAGUGCACCUGACCGAGACAGGCUGGCCGUACGCGGGCGAGUGCUACGCCGGCAACCAACCGUCGCGUGAGAGCAUGCAACAGUACCUGAACGACUACGUAGCGUGGUCUCGCGACAAGGGCCAGUCGUACUGGUUCAUGAUGUACGACACGACGGUGAGCUACACGGGAGCGCAGUACGAGAAGCACUUUGGGCUCUUUGGCACCGACAUGACUCCGCACGUGACGAUUCCGAGCUGCUAG